ACCUUUCAAGUGCAUUCUAUAGAAGGACCACAAGUAGGACAUUCGGUGCCUUGCCAGAGGAAGAAAGAAUUCUUUGCGGCUUGGCGGAAAAUCGGUAGAUCGUUUCGUUACUGCUAAUAUACUGUAUUCUAUAAUGUUAAGGUGUUCUACCGAAUCGACCAUCCCCGUGGUCUUGAUUUGUUCAAUUUGGUGGCUCUUCCUCGUCGUCGUACCGGCUUCCCUCCUUGCUCUAAAAGCUGCCCUCCUCGGGGUUUCCUUCCUCGCCGCUAUAGUAGCUUCGCUCUUCGGAAUAAUAGCUCCGGCUUCCCUCCUCGCUGUAGAAGCUCCUGGAACCACCGGAUACAUCCUGGCUGUAAAAGCUCCUCGAACCAACCGAUCCCUCCCGGCUGAACCUGCUCCUCGAGCCCCCGGAUCCUUGCCCGCUGUACCGGCUCCUGGAACCACCCGAUCCUUCCUGGCUGUGGUAGCUCCUCGGAACAGAACCUUCCUGGCUGUAGAAACUCCGAGAACCCUCCCCGUCUUGGCUGUAGAAACUCUUGGAACCCUCGUCGUCGUACGGUGGAACCUGACCCUGUUCUUCGUCGCCGUUUUGCGGGCCCUCUUCUUCGUCGUCGUAGAAACUCCUCGAGCCGCCGGAACCCUCUUCCUGACUGUAAAAGCUCCUCGAACCAACGGAACGGGAACCACCCUCGUCGCUGUAAUAGCUUCGCGAGCCGUCCUCGAAGUCGCCCGAGUAUUCCCGUUCGAUCCCCUCCUCCUCGUAGUCUUCUUCUCCUUCUUCUGCGAUCGGUUCCACGCCUCCACCCCCAAAGGUUCCAAAGCUGCCACCACCGAAGGUGUCGUCGCCGUCUUCGUCUUCGUCGAACAUUUCUUCGGCCGGUAUCGGGAGGCUCGCGGCGGCAAUGGCAGCGGUGCCGGCCGUGGACCCUUCUCCACCCUGGAUCCCGGCGCCGUUGGCGGCCGAGUACCCCGCGUUCUGCUGCGGCGCGGGAGGCUUGCUCUUGUGGACGGCGGCGCGGGCCCGCUGGUUGCCGCUCCGUUCUUCCAUGGUCUGCAGGGUGGACACCAACUCCGCCUCGCGGCCCUUGAACUGAUCCAUCAUGGCGUCCACCUUUUCCGUCUCGUUCGGGAGGACGAUUCGGACCAGUUCCUCGACCUGGGUGCGGUAUUCGGCCCGCUGCUCGAGGAUUUCCGAAGUCGUGGUUGCGGAGGUCUCGGAAUACACCGACCCUUCGUCCGAACCGCUGUAGUCGGUAUACGAAUCGUCGUCGUCAAAGUCCAUUUCUUCACUAUCGCCUAAUGGAGUCUUCGACAUGGUGGAAUCAACGUCGCUCUUUCCAAAUGACUUUGUGGCAUUAACGACGGCGUCCCAGUCGCCCUUGUCGAUAGCAUCGUUCAUGUCGUCGUUCUUCUUCUUUAGCUCGUCGCCCAUCAGUUUCUCGCUCAGAGACUUGGAGUUGUCGCUGAAAUCCGCAGACGAUACGGAAAAGGAUUCUUGCUCCACAGCGUCAAUGGCAGAGUUUUCGCUGAUUGGUUCGGAGUUCUCCUCGCUUGGGUCCAGUUCACCGGAUUCGUAGGUGUCGUCAUCGGAGCUAAAAGAUUCUUCGGAACCUUCCCCGGAUCCUUCUUCUCCCUCUUUUUUGUCUCCUAAUGCCGAACCUUCCCCAAAGAAGUCCUCGUCUCCAUCGGCAUCGGCAUCGGCACCCCAUCCCGGGGUAGACGACGACGGAUCUGAGCCAAAGACGUUGUCCGCACCCCAUGUUGGACUUGCAGUCGAGCCUCCAAAUGCAUUGUCUUCAUCAACACCCGACCUUUGAUCGUCCUCGCUGUCUUCCUCGCUUUCAGCUUCGGAUGGUUCCUCGUAGUCAUACUUAUGGUGAUUAACCGAAGUUCCAUACGAUUGGGUUCCAUCUCUCGACUCCAAACCAAAACCCCCGAAGUCGUCGUUCUUCUUCUUCUUCUUGCCCACGAAUCCAAACAAAUUUUGUCUUUGUCCUUCUUCGUCAUUGUCUUCCUCGUCGUCGCCAAAAACGGAGCUUUUGAGGCCAAAGGGACCACUAGCAGAACGCUCGUCAUCACCUUGAACUAGACCUCCUUCGGCGCCGUCCUCCCCUUUGAUACCAACACGACGUCUACGACCGUCCAAGAAGGCAGGAAGCUUUAAGCCAAAAGGUAGAUCGAAAGGAACUCCCUUGACGAGAACAUAAAUUAUCGCACAGAUG